AUGUCACAAGAAUUGAAAAGGGGAAAUUUAGUAUCAUUUAGAGACGAAGAAUACGAGACGGAAAGGGAGAAUUUCCCAUCGUCUGUAAGCUCAUCAUUUGUAGGUGAAAUGAAUUCACUCGAUUUAUUAUCGCAAGAGAGCGAUACUUUGAUGAUGUCAGAUAAUGAGGAAAAGGUUCAUGAUUCUUCUACGGAAAACAACGUCAAACCAAGUGACGCUGUUCCCAUCGCUGUCGAACCUCUGUCAAAUGCGUCAAAAGUUUCUUCGUUCUCUGUAUUGUCUUUAAAAUCCCAAAAUCAUCGUAAAAAUAAAAAAGCUGUUUAUGAAUUUGUGAUACCAAAUAACAGUGUUAAGUCCGGUGGUAAAACAAAGAAGCAACUUAAAUCGCAUGAAAAUACGAAUAAAAGUUCUUUUGUUGCGAUAAAUAAGUCAAAAUCGCAAUUAAAAUCAUCGACAUCAAAAGCGAAGAAAUCACAAUCAGAGAACAUACCUAAAUCAAAGAGAAAGAACAAUGUAGAUGUUGGUACUGAAAAAUCAGUGAGAUUACCACAAUUUAACAAAGGAAUAUUUUCGAAUUUGCGAAUUUUAUUUAUAUCGAAUAAUAUUGAUAAACUUCGUCUGAAUUUAAUGAAAUCAAAAGUUUUAGAUAAAGGAGGGAUUAUCGAAGAAAAUUUUGAAUUUGAUAGAGAUCUUACACAUAUUAUAACAGAAUUAAGUGGGAACCAAUUGGUAGCAAAGUUUGGUGUUCGAAAAUUAAAAAGAUUUGAGAAUGUCGCAACAGUUAGGCCGAAUUGGAUUUCCGAGUCAAUUAUGUACGGAAAACUUAUGAACGUUGAACCCUACGCAAUAUCAUUGACGGAAGAAUCUGCUGACAGCUUAAAUAUCACAGGUUUACAAACAUCUCAAAAUUUGAAGAGAUCUAAUAACGAGCAAAAAGACAGAAAACAAGAAGAAAGCAACAAUGACAAAUUAUUAGACAUGAAAAGACAACGGUUAAGCUUCUCACCUUCCCCACCAGAUGUUACGAUUUUACAGAAUGAUGAAGAUUCAUUCUUAGAGUCACACAUAAACAACGAUAUGGAUUCUACAAGCUCUGUUAAUAAUGAUACUAUUUGUAACAAUGAUCCAUUGUUAGAAAUGAUUGUUGAAGUAAAAAAGCUUACAGAAUCUGGACUUUAUCUUGAUGAAGGAGGAGAUAAUGAUAAUGAAAAUGAAAGUAUGCAAGGCGACAUUACAACUUUUGAUUCAAAUGAUGUAUUAAUAUCCGAAAAUUUCAGUGGGGAAGUAAUUACAGAUGUAACAAAUUCUGACAAACUUGAAAAAACUGUUGAGAUUAAUGCUGAAUCGCCAUCCGUUAAACCAGAGAAUUUUCGAGGACAAAAUUCCUUUGCGUGUAUGCAUAGCAAUAAGUAUGAAGAAACGAACAAUACCCCAAAUAAAAUGAUAAUCGAAAAGUUGCAAAUAUUAUUGGAUCAUUAUACUCGAAUGAAAGAUGAAUGGAGAAUGAUCAGUUAUCGCAAAGCUAUCUCUGCCAUCAAGAAACAUACAAAACCAAUUACCUCGUUCGAAGAGGCUAGAAAAAUUCACGGUAUAGGAACACGCACUGCAGAAAAGAUUGCAGAGAUUAUUGAUACCGGAAACUUAAGGAGAAUAACCCAUUUCUCGGAAGGCGAAAAUUUAAUCAAAAAAUUCAGUUUUGUUUAUGGUGUUGGAUCAUCAGUCGCAAUGAAAUGGUACGCAAAAGGGUAUAAAACUUUUGAGGACGUAUUGAAAAAUGAAAAAUUAACUCAUAACCAAAUAACGGGAAUAUUGUAUUAUGAGGAUUUACAAAAGCGAAUACCUAGAGAAGAAGUACAAAAAAUUUCGGAUUGGGUAAAAAGUGCUGCACUUUCUAUUGAUUACAAGUUGGAAUGUACCACAACCGGAUCUUUUAGACGAGGAAGACCAGACUGUGGAGAUAUUGAUAUAAUGAUCACAAGAAAUGAUUCAGAUGGAAAGAAUCAUCUUGGAGUUUUAACAAAAUUGGUUGAAAUCUUAAGUAAUCAAGGAUUCUUAACACAUGAAUUAACACGUCAUGAUGGAGAUAGUCUUUCUGCAAAAUUCAUGGGAAUUUGUAAACUACCCGAAGGAAUACAUAGACGUUUAGAUUUAUUUACAGUACCAUACAAAGAAAUAGGUGCCGCAUUACUUUCAUAUACUGGUAAUGAUGUAUUCAACAGAAGUAUGAGAUUGAUGGCCAGAAAAAGGAAAAUGUGUCUAAAUCAACAUGGAUUAUAUAUGAAUGUUUCGCGUGGAUAUGGUGGAGUCAAAUAUACUGAAGGAAAAUUACUUGCUCAAAAAACAGAACAGGAAAUCUUUGACGCAUUAGGAGUUCCAUGGCGUCCACCGAAUGAAAGGAACUGUUAA